AUUUCGGCAAGUGGCAACACAGAUAUUUUCUCUAAGCGACAUUUCUUGACUUCAGUCUUCUUACUUUAUUAGGACAUUUGUCUGGGAAAAAGAACGGCACACGACAUGCAGGACAGACCGGAGUGUCUGCCCUGCUGUCUGUGCUACAAAAAAAAGACUGACUUCUGUCUGGACAGGGUGACAUACAACGAAAAAAAGGUACUCCUGAGACUGUUCUUGAAACUGCAGGAGCAGGGCUCAGUUAACUCCUACAUAACAGUGGAGGAUGUCACGGAGUGGUUUUUCCGCCAUGAGAGGAAGAUGUUUAAGGAGUGGUUCCCUGAAUUAAAGGAGUCAUGUGAUGACAAAACCUGGCUGACCUGGCAGGUGAAUGCUCAUCUCAGGAUGCAGGACAUUGAACAUGAGGUCAGGAGAGAGCUGUUAGUCAGACAUCUGUCGAGUGUCUCUCGUGAGGGUGAUGAGCUGCAGGACUGUGACCAACGUAUCCCCUCAGCUCCUUCUGAUCUAGAUUCACUUGAGUGUGCAAUUGUUGACAAUCACAAGACCCCAGAUGACCUCAAGAUGCCACUUGUGAAAAGGAUCUUGAGUGACCUUGAACUGGAGCUGGAAUACUACAAGUGCUCCCGUCUGCACACCCGGUUGGAGGUAGUUGCAGACGUUGUCACCCGACUUUUCUUUGUUAUGAAGACAGCCCCCUGUGACACUCCUUACAAUGGGUCCUUCAUGCAACUUACGGAACUGGCUGUGAAUAUUGUCCGUGCAGUGCUCGUGAACCUAUCCUCACUUUUACCAAUCUCAAGCCUACAAGCGCAGUACUCCCGUCCAACUGCUGCUAGGAUGACCCACUCCAUUCAUCACAAGCUUGUGAAGGCCAUGUAUACUGCUGACGACAUGAAAAAGUUUUUGAGCACUGGCAAUGAGACCGUAAUGGCUUCCAUCAUUGAACUUGUGUCAACGAAAGUUACCCAACUUUUUCAGAGGUCUUUUCAAAGGCCUUCAGCACCACCAUCCUUCUUGCGACUGUUCCUGAUCGCUAGUGACCAGAAGAGUUCACCUACUGCUGCUCAGAAGCUGGUGAUUCACAUGGAGACAGUGACUUCAGUCUUGAAACUGGUGUUGAUGCAGAUAUACUCAGUGAAGGACAAAGAAUUUACAUUUGAAGCCUAUAAUUGGCCACUGGCAGAGCAUGUGAUUGACAGACUGUCCCUUUCUGGUGUGAAAGUCACCAAGAAGAAAAGUAAAGUGAAUUGUUAUUUCAACAUGAAUGAGGUAAUUUGUAUGGUGAACACCAUCUGUAAGGACCUAUUGACAAUGUAUUGCAACAUGAAAUCUCUCAUGGAGGCAUUAUCCAUUAAGAACAGAAUGGUGUCCAGAGACAUUGGUCGUCUGGUGUCUCUUCAACUUGAGAUGGUAUGCCGUAAUAGGAAAAUGGACACACCACCAGUUUUGCUGCCACCUUGCCCUCACCUUGAAAAUGUUGUAUGUGGUGUAGUGGCCAGAUUUGUCCAUGUCCUUGUCCCAGUGACUAUGAAAGAUAAGGAAGACCUGAUACUAUGCCUUCUACUGGUGGACCAGAUUCGUUUCCUCACCGAAGUGACACUUUUCCAAUCCCAGGAAACACUUUCUCUUGCCUGUCACCUCAAAGAACUCUCAUCAGAUACGAUCGUACAGCUAGGUGACAUGGUUUACAAUCAGUAUAUAGAGUCCUUCCCUUUAUAUGAAGUCCAGGAGCAAUUGCAUACAUUAGUGAUGGAUAAACAUCAGAGCUAUAUGAUCAGUAACAUGAUUAUUACAACUCUGCGGGAUUAUGUGAAUCUGCGUUAUAACAUCUCAUGUGAGGAACAUAAGGAGGCACCUACUUCAAGUUCACUACUGCCACCUCCAGGGUUCUCUACACCUGACGCAUCACCUGUAGUUAGACCACCCCUAGGGCUCGCUCUGCCUAACACAUCACCUGUAGUGAAACCACCUCUGGGUUUUACUGUACCUGAAGCCACAAUGAAGCCACCUCCUGGAUUCUGUUUACCUGACGCAUCACCUGUAGUGAAGCCUCCUCCUGGUUAUGCUGUACUGUACGCAUCACCUGUAGUGAAGCCACCUCUGGGUUUUACUGUACCUGACACAGCAGUGAAGCCACCUCCUAGAUUCACUCUACUUCAAGCAUCACCUGCAGUGAAGCCUCCUCCCGGUUUUGCUCUACCUAAUGCAUGCCCUGCAGUUAGGCCACCCCCUGGGUUCAAUCUGCCUGAAACAACACCUGCAGUGCGACCACCUCCUGGGUUUGCGCUGGCUGAUGUCUCACCUGCAGUGGAGCCACCUCCUGGUUUUACUGGACGGGACGCCUCACCUGCAGUCAGACCACCCCCAGGAUUUAUUCUGCCUAAGACAUCACCUGCAGUGCGACCACCUGCUCGGUCUGCUCUGCCUGACCCUUCACCUAUAGUGAAGUCACCUCCAGGGUUUUCUAUUCCUGACGCCUCACCUGCAGUCAGACUACCCCCAGGGUUCACGCUGCCUAAAACAACACCUGCAGUGCGACCACCUCCUGGGACUGUGCUGGCUGAUGUCUUACCUGCUGUGAAGCCACCUCCUGGUUUUGACCUACUUAUUGCAUCAACUGCUGGUGUGCGUCCACCUCAACAGUUUGCUCAUUCUAAUGCCUCAGCCACAGUGAAGCCACCUCCUGGAUUUGCUUCACCUAUAGUGAAGCCACCACCCAAGUUCCCUCUGCCCGACGCCUCAUGUCCAGUGUGGCCACCUUCAGGGUUUACGCUUCCUGACAUCUCAGCUGCAGUUGAGCAACCUCCAGGGUUCUCUCUACCUGUCACAUCACCUGUGGUAAAGCCACCACCUGGGUUUGCUGUACCUAUCACAACACCUUCAGUACGGCCACCUCCAGGGCUUCCGCUUUCUAACACCACACUGGUAGCGAAGCCAUCACCUGGAUUUACUCUACGUGAUACUUCAGCUGCAGUUCGACUGCCUCCUGGAUUUACAGUACCAGAUGCCUUAGCUGCAGUCCGACCACCUCCUGAGUUUGUUCUACCUGAGGCAUCACCUGCAGUGAAGUCUCCUCCUGGGUUGUUUCUUCCAGAUGCCCCACCUGUAGCACAGCCCCCACCUGGGUGUCUUGAAAUGUCACCUGAAAUGUGCUCAGAAGUUCCAUAUAGGGAAAUGGAGGAUGAGGCUCAAGAUAUUGAAAAACAUCAUCAGUGUACUCAAGACACUGCAUUGACUGUAACAUCAAACGACUCAAAUGACCAGAAUCAAGCUGCACUGCCAUCUGAGAGAGUCAAGUCCACCAAGAAGAAGGGACUGAAAGGCUUUCUUCAGAAGAUAAGGAGGGCAUUUAGAUUUUGUGCACCCUCCAGUGACAUAGAGGGACGCAACAUAAACUUCUGUAGAAAUCACUAAGGUUGAACAUUAAACUAUUUUUUUUUUACUAUUGAAUAAAAUGAUGUGUUCAAAAUUA